AUGUACCAAGCAAGUGCCACAGCCCCAACGGUCUUCCCAUUGCCUCCCUGUAGCCAAGAUGACACCGCCGCCUCUCAGGUCACUGUGGGUUGUUUGGUUUCUGGCUACUAUCCUGAACCAGUCACAGUGCAAUGGAAUUCAGGAGCCAUCUCCAGCGGCAUCCGGACCUUCCCUGCACUAUUGGAUUCAUCCAGUGGCCACUACACCCUCACCAGCCAGCUCACCAUCCCAACCAGCACCUGGGAAUCGGAGAAGCUCCAAUGCAACGUCGCCCAUGCAGCUACCAGCUCUGAAAUCACCAAGGAGAUUGACCGCUCUAUUGCACUACCUCCAGUGGCCCCAGAAGUCCGCCUGCUCCAUUCCUCCUGCAAACCUAGAUCCGGAGAUGCCACCAUUGAGCUGCUGUGCGUGAUCUCUAGCUUUUACCCCAAAACGGUGACGGUGGAAUGGCUGGUGGGUGGGGAAGCUGGGCUGCUGGCUUCAUUCACUGAGGAGCCCAGGAAGGAUGCUCACGGAUACACCUUCAGCACCACAAGCACAGUCAACGUCAGCCAAGAAGACUGGCAGGCUGGGAAUACCUACUACUGCCAGGUGUUCCAUGAAGCAACCCAAACCAAAGUGAAAAGCAAAGCCAAGAUAUGCGAAGAUAAUGCUGAAUGCCCCGCCGGCGGCAUUAAUGUGCACAUCAUACCCCCAACGCCACAAGACCUGUACGUAAACAACGACCCCAAGCUCACCUGUGUGGCGGAGAAUCUGGAAAACGCAGAUGGGCUGAAAGUCACCUGGUCACGAGAGGAUUCUGGCCCCGUGAGCCCAGAACUACUGGAAGUGAAAGAAGAACUUAAUGGAAGGUUCACUGCUACCAGCUCCCUCCCUGUCACAACGUGGCUGCAGGGCGAGAAAUUCACCUGCAACGUGGAAUAUCCAGGCUUGACUGCUCCCAUCACUAAGACCAUUGCCAAGACAACAGGCACUAGCACCCCUCCCGGAGUGUUCCUCUACCCCCCUCACCACGAGGAAAUCAACGCUCGGCCAGCAAUGCUGACCCUCACCUGCCUGGUCACAGGAUUCACCCCCAAAGAAGUUUCUAUCCAGUGGCUGAAGAAUCACAACGCCAUGCCUGAAUAUCACCAUGUCAACACCCCGGUCAUGAAGGGCAACAAGAACGACUCCUACUUUCUAUACAGCCACAUGAAAAUCCUAUUCUCUGACUGGAACAACGGAGUUUCACACACCUGCAUGGUUAUCCACGAAGCCCUCCCCAUGAAGUUCACCCAGAGGACCGUGGAGAAAUCCCAGGAGACGACUGUGUCAGCAGAUGUUGAUUAUAGUGAUGAGAAAAAGGAGGAACUGGACCACUUGUGGGUCACCAUCUUUGUUUUCUUCAUCCUCUUCAUCCUCAGUGUUUGCUAUAGUGCCGCCGUGACACUGUUCAAAGUAAAAUGGCUCUUCUCUAUGAUGCUGAAGCUGAAGCAGCAGCAGCCACCAGGCCCUGACUAUAAGAAUGCAGGAGCGAUGCUGGCAAUGCCGGACUUGCGCUCCACCAGCCGGGGCCAGGCAUGGUGGGCUGCCGGAGGGGACGGCCCGAUGGGCAGGGACGCUGCCAGCUGUGCUCCGCCUCCACCUCCGCCUGCUCGGCAGAAGUGGCUGCGCAGCCGUCCAGGGAGCCCUGGCUGCCGCACCAAUGGGAAGCUCGCGGACGGCUUCCCCACAACGGCGCCCGCAGCCCAAGAAGAGGCGGCAUCUCCCACAGCCCCAGUUGUCUUCCCAUUGUCCCCCUGUUGCCAAGACCUCGCCACUGCCUCCCAGGUUACCGUGGGCUGUCUGGUCUCUGGCUUCUUUCCCGAACCAGUCAAAGUACAGUGGAAUUCAGGAUCCUCCUCUGACAUCCGGACCUUCCCUGCACUAUUGGAUUCAUCCAGUGGCCACUACACCCUCAGCAGCCAGCUCACCAUCCCAACCAGCACUUGGGAAUCAGAGAAGCUUCAGUGCCAUAUUGCACAUACAGCUACCAGCUCCUCAAGCAACAAAGAGAUUGGACCCUGUGAAAAGAAAGAUCCCGUAGCCCCAAAGGUCCGCUUGCUCCAUUCCUCCUGCAAGGCCAGCUCCGGAGAUGCCACCAUUGAGCUGGUGUGCGUUAUCUCCAGCUUCUACCCCGACAAUGUGACGGUAAAUUGGCUGGUGAGUGGGAAACCUAUGUCGCAACCCUCAUUCACUGAGCAGCCCUGGAAAGACACCCGUGGCCACACCUUCAGUACCAUCAGCACAGUCAACAUUAGCCAAGCGGACUGGGAGGAUGGGAAUGUCUAUGUCUGCCAGGUGUCCCACACAGCAACCCAAACCAUGGUGAGAAGCAAAGCCAAGAUCUGUGAAGAAUCCUCAGGAACUCCCCUCAAAGUUUUCAUCCUACCCCCAAGCCCCAGCGACAUUUACAUGGAUAAGCAACCCAAACUCAGCUGCGUGGUAGUCAACUUAGAGAGCGAAGAGGAAGAACUGGAAGUGACCUGGUCACGGCAGGCAGCAGGAAGUCUAAGCCCUGAGCCACUCGCCUGGAGAGAGGAGGUCAAUAACACCUUCACAGCAUCCAGCUCUGUGACCAUUUCCGAAAGCGACUGGUUGUCAGGGGCGACUUUUAUCUGCACAGUCAAACACCCGUCCCUGCCUCAACCAAAAGCAAGAGAGAUUAGCAAGAAGAAAGAAACCAAAGAAGCUCCAGGUGUGUAUCUCUUCCACCCCCACAAUGAUGAGCUCAGGUCUAAUGGCCGUUAUGUCUCCAUCACUGCCCUGGUGAAUGGGUUCAAGCCCAGUGACAUAUCCCUGAAAUGGCUCAAGAAUGGGAACCCACUUCCUGAAGCUGACUAUAUCAGCACCCCAGUCUACAGUGAUGGCGACGGUUCCUAUUUCUUGUUCAGCAAGCUGAAAGUCCCAAAAGCAGACUGGAACAGAGGUGAUGCCUAUACCUGCAUGGUUGUCCAUGAAGGUCUGACCCUCAAGUUCAUCCAGAAGACCAUUGAGAAAUCCCGGGAUAAAAAAUGAAAACUGCCCUCAGCCACCACUGCACUGCAAUCCCCUCGCCCUAUGGCCCCAGAUAUAUAUUUUCUCUCUCUCGAGAUUGUUAGACCAACCCUGUGUAAGUAAUCUCCAUGCAAAAAUGUACCCAAUGGCUGAAUAAAAAAAGAAC